AGGUCCUUCGACUAGUUUUCUCCAUCGAUUUCUAAGUCCUCAUUUCCUUCCUAUCACUCCAUUCUCUUCCAUAACUAAGGGAUGCAGCACAAGUAUCGAAUAGGUCGAUCUACAGUCAUACUGUAUAUCUUGGCAUUGUGCGCUCUGUACCUUCUUAUUUACUCAAAAUGGUUUUAUCCGCUAACAGGUCCGGACGACGAACCGGCGUCGAGCAUGGCAGCAGAAGAUGUGGUGACUGUCGACUGGCUGGAUAAAAACAAAGAUCAUGUCGUAAUAUUGGAUGCGACUUAUGAAAUGAAAGGCAAACCCGAUUAUAAAGAGUUCAGAGAAAAGUACUACGGGCAAUUUGAGGACUUGAUGAACGUCAAGACCGGUUUUGGUGAGACGUAUGCUAAGGAACACAUUCCAGAAGCAAUCCAUUUCAACAUAGAUGUAGCCUUUUACCCUAGCGAAUAUAUACGCUUCGAUCUCUAUCCACCGGAGGAAUUCGAGAAAUAUGUGCGCUUGCUUGGUAUAAAUGCCGGUGAUCACAUCGUAAUUUAUUCACGAGGUGCUUAUGGUGGAAUGAUUUGGGCUGCACGAGCUUGGUGGACUUUCAAGGUGUACGGUCAUGACAAAGUCUCCGUUCUUAACGGUGGAUUUGAUGCCUGGAAAAAAGCUGGAAAAGAAGUGUCAAGCGAUGUUGUGCAAAGAAAGCUUGGCAGUUGGUCAGCAAAGCCGAUUGACCACUCUCAAGUCAUCACAUUCGAGGAGUUAGACGAGAAAAGGCCUGGGAGAAAGUCGCUUUUUGAAGACCUGUCAAAGAUCAACUACCUAGACGCUAGGCCAGCAAUGCAAUUCACAGGAGGACCUGGAUCUCAUCUACGAGGCGCCAAGAACGUGCCACUAGACGAGGUUGCCACUAAUGAUGGAUUGAAGUCCAAGCAAGUAAUUCAACAAGCCUUAGAAGAAGCUGGGUAUGACGACAGUCUACCAAUAGUGACAGGUUGUAAUGGAGGCGUUCAAGCGUCGUUACUGACACUGGCAGUAAGAUACGCAGGAAAGCAAGCGCGGUUGUUCAAUGGCAGUCUAUACGAGGUUAGUGCACGUGCACCAGAACUGAUCAGUGGCAAGUAGUUCAGUACUUCAAUCAUUUCCGAUGUUAACGUUGUUGAUGAUGUUGUUAUUCAUUCGAAUGCUUCUCAUGUGAUAAAAAAACUUGGUGUAUGUACAGGUGGUAUGGAGUAAAUAUUAGGCUUGA